AUGGAGAUCUGGGUAAUACUCAUCAUAGCUGCUGGUUCUUUUGUUGGUGUUUUGAUAUUUUUUGUGGCCUUAGCUGGGGGUGGUGAUGGCAGAGAAGGAAAGGGUGGUGAUGGCAGAGAAGGAGAGGGUGGCGGAGGCGGAAUGGGAGAUCUAAGAGGUAGUGAUUAUUCUGGGGGUCAUAGAGGAUUUUCGAAUAGUGGUGGCGGAGUUGGCGGAGUUGGCGGCUGGUUUGGUGGUGGGGGUGGAGCUUUGUGA